AUGGCCACGGUCGCAGAUCUCCCCACUUUACCAGAGAUAGCGAAGGCCUUUGCAUACGCGAAACAGCAUUGCACAGAAGCAGUCUAUAACCAUGCGAUGCGCUCCGCAUACUGGGCAAUGAUCAUCGCCAAAAAGCUUCCCGAGUUCCACGAUAACCCGCGACUGAAUCUCGUGGCAGUCUUUGUUAGCUGUAUUCUUCACGACAUGGGCUGGGCCAAGACACCAGAACUGAUAUCGGCGGACAAGCGGUUCGAGGUUGAUGGUGCCAAUAUUGCGCGGGACUUUAUUCAUAACGAGCUGUCUCAUGCCGGUACCGAAUCAUGGAGCGAUGAUACUAUUCAACGUGUGUGGGAUUCGAUCGCUCUACAUACAACGCCCUCUAUUGCUCGACAUGCGGCGCCUGAUGUUGCUCUCACUAAUUUGGGCAUCACGGCGGAUUUUGCAGGCCCAGCGCUUCCCGGGCCUGAUGGGGAAACGCUUAUCACAUACGAGGAAUACUUUGCUGUCAUGAAAGUCUUCCCUCGCGCUGGCUUUAACUCGGAUGGAUUCAAGGACAUCAUGUGCUGGCUGUGCCGUACAAAGCCUGAGACAACCUACGAUAACUUUGUCGGGGAUUUCGGAUGCCGAUUCGGACCUGACGGUACUGGGGAAGGGGUUGAGGAGUUUAAAUCAGCGAAGACAGCAAGACAGACCAUUGACAUUCUGAUGUCGGGCCUGGAAAAGUUGGACUCAAUUGAUCCUCAGUAG